GUUGUCCGGAGAUCACUUACAUGGUAUUUGCUAAAUUGCCCGAACAUAUAAGUAAAAUAUUUAUUGAUUAUGUUCGCAAUACAUGGUUAAUUGAUUCUAAGAAUAUUAAUAACUUUGAAGUUAUAUUGAAAUGUAUGGUUAUUUUUCAGCAACUACAAGACAGAUAUAGUAUUAAUAAGCUCAAUUUGGAGAUGAUAAGAACAAAAAUUAUUUCACAUUCUAACGAUUUACCUAUUGGUUUUGAGUAUUACAAGGGGUAUAACAAAGCAAUACCAGUUGGAAAUCGACUUUCAUCAUUCUUUUUCCAUCUUUAUUUCAAUAAUGUGAUCGGUGCUAUUUCGAAUAUAAAAGUAUUUAUCCAAUAUGCUAUUGAUAACGCUCAGCUGAUUAAUCUUGUUACAUCCGAUGCUUUCAACGAUCUUCUAUUUCUUAUAGAAUUUACUACAUCUCUAGUUUUUACAAUUAAACCUGGUUAUUGUGAUUUUUGUAUUCCUCGAGCAUAUCUGAUUAAUUAUUUUGAGGCGUUCACUGCAGAACCGCUUAUUUCAAAUAAUCAACAUAAUUAUGAAAGAGAGAAUUAUCUAGACGUGAUCAAGAAUUCGUUUGAUCAAGCCCAACAACUUCUUAAUCUACUAAUUCGUGAAGAACAGAUUUAUUUACCAAUUAUUCUUCGACUAGUACGUCUUUUGGUACUCAUUGGUCUAAAUGAACCAAAUUUUGCAACAAAAGUCAUUAUUUUCUUCAAAUACUUGAAUCGCAGAGUUAUUUCUACAAAAAUAAAAAAAUAUUUAGAAAAGAAAUCUAUGGAACAACUUACAAAUAUUCUAUAUAAUGAUCUUAAGGAAACAGGUUUUGAUUCUCUAGUUAUCGUUCACUAUUAUGUGGGACAUACGAAAGUAUUGUCGAAAUUUUCUAAUUUAGAAGAAAAUGGUAUUAAGAAGCUUAGAUAUAAAUCUAUUAAAGAAUUUCAUUCUGCUCUCCAGCAAAUUAAAUCAUCAGUAAAUAAUCAGGAAAAAGUUACAACUGUGAAUAAUGUGAAUAAUCUUCAAGUUUGGUAUAAUAAGAUUAGUGAUCUUAAAUCUCAAAAAGCAAUCAUAAAAAUACAAGACUGGUUUCGCAGAAUUAGAUUAUUUAAAGCUGCCAAAAAAAUCCAAGUCUGGAUUCGACGAGUUCAUAAACGAGUUAAAUCACGUCAACCUAAUUAUGACCCAGUUCCGAAUAAGAUUUACAAUGAUGUGAUGGUUUUCAGUAAAGUUAUUGCAAAAGAAAUAAAUAAAGAAUCAGUGUCUAAGUAUAAUAUUUUAUUGAGAGGCCAGACAGUAGAUGUGGUUGUGGAGCUGAUUAGUUUAUAUAAGCGUGUAAAAACAUUUAUUACUAAUUGCUCUCAAGAUACAAACAAAAGUAGCCACCGUUUAAAAUUAGAAGAUGAACUAAGGAAUUACCAUUAUGGGAAAGUUAUACAGGCGUUGAGAUCAUUAUCAAUAACUGAAAACUCAGCAAAACAUAAAGAAGUAGAUAUUGAAUGGUUGAAAAAUGAAUUGCAGCAAGCAAAGGAUAUCAUCAAUCAGAUCCAGAAAUGGGUAGGAAAAUACAAGGCUGAAGUUAAUCCUUCUUACAAGAGUAAUACUUCCCAUCAAGUGGCAAGCACAUCUGGCUCUGCAUCAGUCAGUAAGUCAGAACGUGAAGAUGAUUGGAUAGUCCUUUGAGAGAUAUCAAUUUCAGAGCUUAACUGGAGCGAAAAGAAAUUGAAUGUGAUUAGUUUAACCAAACGUCAUAAUAUUUAUCCUUUUAUAAUUUAUGGUUCGUUUUAAUUACUCUGUUUUUCUUUAAUGAGAUUGUUUUCGUUUUCCAGGUACUUAUAAUAAUUUUUAUUAUUCAAGUUUUUUGGUCAUUAGGAAAAAAAUUAAGUUAAUCGAGACGUACAAUUUCUUUCAAAAAUCGAUAACUUUAGUUAGUAAAUUUAUCUGUUGUAUCAAAAUUUGUUUUUUAGUAACGUAAAUGUAAAAUAGAAACGAAGAAAAUUUUAUUUU